AAUGAGUAUGAAACAUGCAGCAUCGUUGAAGGAGAAUAUGGCUGCCAUCCUCGACCCUAUGCCACAUGCUAUGCUUCAGGGGACCCCCACUACAUGUCUUUUGAUGGACUAUGGUUCGACUUCCAAGGCACAUGCAGAUACACACUGGCGAGUGUAUGUAAUGAUUCUCAGGGGCUACCAUAUUUUGAAGUCAUCGGACAAAAUGAACCAUGGUACGGUCUCCCAGUGUCAAUCACCGUUGAGGUUUCAAUCAAUGUUUCAGGCCAUCUGGUAAUCCUUUCACAGUACGCGUACGGGACAGCUAACAUUGACGGAGUCACCAGGAACCUCCCUGUCCUGCUAGAUUUUGGCAGUGUGUCUGUUUACUCCAGUGGACCGUACACAUAUGUUACAACUGACUUUGGACUCAGUGUGAGUUAUGAUGGCUCAUACACAGCGACCGUCACUGUACCAGGAAAUUACAGUGGAGCUACAUGUGGCCUGUGUGGUAACUUCAAUUAUGAUCAAAAUGAUGAUUUCCUUACUCGCUCUGGAGAGCUGGCUUCCUCAGCUACAGAGUUUGGAGCCAGUUGGAAUGUUGAGAACAACACAACAUGCCACCACGGAGGAGAAGAUCCUACAACUUGUUCAGAUCAAGCUAGGGCAGAGUCUUUGUGUGGGAUCCUUAGAGACACUGCGGGUCCACUGAGCUCCUGUCAUGCCUAUGUGGAUCCUCAGGCCCACUUUGAUAAUUGUGUAUUUGAUGUCUGCAUCUCUGACUUCAGUAAUGAUGUACUGUGCCAUUCCAUUGCAACCUACGUUAGUGCCUGCCAAUCUGCCAACGUUGUGAUUUUGCCCUGGAGAGUGAACACCACCUGUCCUCUAUACUGUCCUGAAAACAGCCACUACGAACUGUGUGGUACAGACUGUGGGCAUACCUGUGCCAGCAGUGUAGAUGCCAUAUGUGAUAGGACCUGUACAGAGGGUUGCUUCUGUAAUGAAGGCUUUGUGAGAAGUGGAGGCCUCUGUGUACCAGUGGAGCAGUGUGGUUGCUUGCAUGAUGGAUUCUAUUUUCAUAUCGGUGAGAAGUUCUGGACUCAAGAAUGCUCCCAGCAUUGCGAAUGCUUUGCCUCCAAUGACCUGCGCUGCGUCUCCACCUCUUGCAGCCCCACCCAGGAAUGUGCGAUCCGGAAUGGCAGACUUGGUUGCUACAGCCAAAUGUCCUCCUGCAUGGUCACGGGUGAUCCCCAUUACUACACCUAUGAUGGAGCUGUAGCACACUUUCAGGGCACGUGUUCAUAUGAGAUUUCUCAGACCUGCGGGUAUGUGUCUGACAAUGGCCUACAAUUCCGUGUGGUGGCGACCAACAUGCACCGUGGAAGCACCGUCGUGUCCUUCGUAUCUGCAGUGGAUGUGUGGCUGAACUAUCUAGGAGAGGAGAAACAGAUUACCAUCGGACUGAACCGCAAUGUGAAGGUUGAUGGGAAUCACACGGACUCACUUCCUGCUCAGCUUGGCCAAAUUGCAGAGAUCUACCAAGAGCAGAACUUUGUGGUCGUGAAUGCAUCGAGUGAGCUCUUGGUCUACUUCGAUGGCAGUAUGACACUUGUGGUAAAACUGGGCCCGAGCUACCGUGGAUCAGUCUGUGGAAUGUGUGGCAACAAUAAUCAGGAUCCUGCAGAUGACAAGACCAUGCCCAAUGGAACAUUUGCACCCAACGAUAACGACUUCGGCAACAGCUGGAGAUCAAACACCAGCAGCCCAGGAUGUGGUGCCAAUGACCAGAACCGUGAUUCUGAAGACUGUCCCUUCAGACAAGAGUAUUCUGAUCUCUGUAGCAUCAUCACCAACACCAGUGGACCCUUCCAGCAGUGCCAUCAGUACAUCAACCCUGAAACCUACUACUCUUCAUGUGUGUAUGACCUGUGUGCUUACUCGGGCAGAGACAUGCUCUGUCCAUCAGUGGAGGCUUAUGAGAUCGCUUGCACCAUGAUGGAACUCCAGAUACCAGACUGGCGCACUGGGCUAUCAUGCAUGACGGUGGACCCCUGUGAGGAGCUGCACUGCACUGAGAAUGAAUGGUGUGGGGAGAGAAAUGGCGCCUUUGGCUGCUUCUGUAAUGAGAACAGUCCUAAAACAAACCCAGAGACCUAUGACUCUUCUGAGAUUUGUGAGAGCAGUACCGGCACCAUGUCUCUGUCCCGCUGUCAGCUAUUCGAAGCUGGUUUUAUGGCAAACAGCCUUCACCUGAGUGACCCCAGCUGCAUGGGAACGAUCCAAGAUGGCAGACUGGUGUUCCAUUUUGAUAAUGACGACCACAUCUGUGGCACGAAUUUCACGGCCAAUGGCACCCACUUCAUCUAUGAGAACGUUAUCCAGGGGGAAAUGAACUCAACAAUAACCACCGUUAUCAGAAACAAAGUACUGGAGCUGCGCUUCUCCUGCAUCUACCAGCUCAGUCAGACAAUCACCAUGGACACAGAGUUAAAUCCCAUUCUGAGCAUUGUGCGGAAGACUCUUCCAGCCGGAGAGGGCAUGUACCAGGUCAGGAUGAUACCUUACCAGGACGCCGCUUUCUCCCACCCCUACAACGGCAGUGUGGACAUAGAGGUGGACCAGCGGAUCUACAUUGAGGUCCAUGUUCAGGGGGUGGACAGCCGCCAGAUAGCCACGGUGAUGGAUUCAUGCUGGGCCACUCCUACGAAUAAUGUGAAUGAUGCCGUUCGCUGGGAUCUCAUCACUAACAAGUGUCCCAAUUCAGAGGAUAACACAGUAGAAAUGAUUGAGAACGGCGUCUCCGAAACUGGACGUUUCUCCUUCAGGAUGUUCGCCUUCUACAGCAACUACGCCAAGGUUUUCCUCCACUGCCGUGUUCAUCUUUGUCUUAGGCAGGACAACUGUGAAGUGCAAUGCAACUCCAGACAUCAUCUCCCUAACUACAGAGCUGGUAGAUCAGUGGACGCCCAUGACAUCGCCUCCAUCUCCAUGGGGCCAUUUAUCCGUGCCUGCUGAAGUACAGGUGAACAGGUUCAGAAGGUUAUAAAGGAGA